GAGAAGGGAGGAGGAGGAGGAGGAGGAGGCGGCUCGCCCGCGGGACGGAGGCGGCCGGCCGGGCCAUGCUGGAGGCGCGGCGGCACCUGGCGGGCGCGCAGAGCCGGCGGGCGGCGGGGCAGCCUCCUCGGCGCUGCUAGGGCGGCGGCAGCGGGAGCCGCGGCGGGGGCUGCGCUCGGUCGGGGGCCGGGCCGCGCCGGGAGGGACCUUCUCGCCUCGCCUCGCCGGGCGGAGGCGCCGCCGCCGCCUCCUCCUUCUUCUUCCUUCGGCAGAGGCGGCGCGGCCGCGGGAGGAGAGGACCAUGAACCGCGCGGUGCUGGCCUGGCUGGUGCUCUGCGGGAGCUUGGCGGGGCCGCGCCUCGCCCGAGGGGAUGUGUGUGACUCCAACCCAUGCAAAAAUGGUGGCAUCUGUCUGUCGGGGCUGAAUGAUGACUUCUACUCAUGCGAGUGUCCUGAAGGCUUCACAGACCCCAAUUGCUCUAGUGUUGUGGAGGUUGCCUCAGUUGAAGAAGAACCAACUUCAGCAGGACCCUGCCUUCCUAAUCCAUGUCAUAAUGGUGGGAUAUGUGAAAUUAGUGAAGCAUAUCGAGGCGACACAUUCAUAGGAUAUGUUUGUAAAUGUCCAGAGGGAUUUAAUGGGAUUCACUGCCAGCACAAUGUAAAUGAAUGUGAAGCCGAACCCUGCAAGAAUGGUGGAAUCUGUACAGAUCUCGUUGCCAACUAUUCCUGUGAAUGUCCAGGUGAAUUUAUGGGAAGAAACUGCCAACAGAGAUGCUCUGGCCCACUAGGGAUAGAAGGAGGAAUUGUGUCAAACCAACAAAUUACUGCAUCUUCUACUCAUCGAGCUCUUUUUGGACUCCAGAAAUGGUAUCCAUACUAUGCACGACUUAAUAAGAAGGGUCUUGUGAAUGCUUGGACUGCUGCAGAAAAUGACAGAUGGCCAUGGAUUCAGAUAAACCUGCAGAAGAAGAUGCGAGUCACUGGAGUUAUAACUCAAGGUGCCAAGAGGAUUGGAAGUCCAGAAUAUGUAAAAUCUUACAAAAUUGCAUACAGUAAUGAUGGCAAGUCGUGGACAAUGUACAAAGUAAAAGGCACAAAUGAAGACAUGGUGUUUCGUGGAAACGUGGACAACAACACCCCGUACGCUAACUCCUUCACCCCUCCGAUUAAGUCACAGUACGUACGGCUGUAUCCUCAGGUGUGCAGACGACACUGCACAUUGAGAAUGGAACUUCUUGGCUGUGAACUGUCAGGUUGCUCUGAACCCCUGGGGAUGAAAUCAGGACAUAUACAGGACUACCAAAUUACUGCCUCCAGUGUUUUCCGUACACUCAACAUGGACAUGUUCGCUUGGGAGCCCAGGAAAGCCCGCCUGGACAAGCAAGGCAAAGUUAAUGCCUGGACCUCUGGCCACAAUGACCAGUCACAGUGGUUGCAGGUUGACCUGCUUGUCCCUACAAAAGUCACUGGCAUAAUUACCCAAGGAGCUAAAGAUUUUGGUCAUGUCCAAUUUGUGGGGUCCUACAAGCUUGCUUACAGUAAUGAUGGGGAGCACUGGAUCAUAUACCAAGAUGAAAAACAAAAGAAGGAUAAGGUGUUCCAGGGAAAUUUUGACAAUGACACACACCGUAAGAAUGUCAUCGACCCUCCAAUCUACGCCCGGCACGUCCGCAUCCUCCCGUGGUCGUGGUACGGCAGGAUCACCCUGCGGUCGGAGCUGCUGGGCUGCACAGCGGAGGACUGAGGCAGAUCUCCGUGAGGCAUCGCAGCUCUCAGUGUAGCUAAAAGUCCCUCCGUAGAAGAAACUGUGCAAAGCCUGUAGGAUGCUGAGUGGGGUUUUCAUGAACAAGUGCUCAUUUUAUGGUAGGCCGCUAACUGUCUUUUGCGAGGAGGUCUAAGCCUGCCCUUUAAAUGAUCCAAUCCGAUUUUGUCCUUGAAAUCUGUUAGUGUUGUCCCUUCUGCUGUGGAAUUAUCUUUCUAGUUUUUCUUUGAGUUGUUCACACUAGUUGAAACAUGUUAGGGAAAAAACAGCAGCAUCCUUUUUACAAGGGAAGAGAAAUAGCAUGACAAAGCUCAUUUGCAGCUUUAGAAACAUUGGGCUGACGAGUUCUCCAUAAAUCAUACUGUCAUCUUACUUGCAAAAAGUGAUACUGCAGCUUUUAGCAAUAAGUUUACUUGGGGAUGACUGCAUUAUAGUAAUUGUGCCUAUCAAACACUGUCAGUAUUUAUGACAUAUAUUUUGGAAGAUACUCUGUGGUACUGUAAAACGCAGUACCUGCGAUAUUACAAGCUACCUUUCAUCACUUUCAUCUGAACAGCAGAGUCCACACACCUAAAGGGUUUUCCUAACUAACCCCAUUUUCCCUCUCUAUUUUGCAUGCUAUAGACAUGACCUCCAUCUUUUCUGUUUAGUAUCACCACUAAUGUUAUUUUCCUUGAAAGAGGUGACCUGUUUGCAUAUGGAACAAAAUCUGCUAUCAGUGUACUAUGAAGUUAAUGAAUUUGCCAAAGUUUACUAAUUCUGCUUGAGAUGCGCUUUUUCAAGGAGGCUGAGAUGAGAUGCCAUGGUAUGUGUGGUAUCUCAUCUUAAGUACCCACAGAGGUAAAGGCACACAGUGCAUCAGAAAUCCUGAGCCCAUUUCGUGACUUGCCCAGGGGUGAGCGCACAACCCUAGAUGGAGCUGCCUGCCCAGUUACUUCUUUCAGAAACCUCCUUAAUUUCUGUGAGGAGGCAAAUUGGGGUGAAGGAAUCAGGUGCUAAAAGACACACAGGAGGAAUGACUCCCUUACUGCCAGGAAACCCUCUUGGUAGACUCUUCUUAUGGUGGUGGUCACAGCCUUCCUCCCAGGCAUUUAGGCAAGAGGUGUUGCAGGAGUGCAUCAAACCUGGGCCCUCGACACCCCCCACUCCCGACUAUGUCUUUUCAGACAUACGCCAGUGAGCCAUGAGGAGGCCGAUUUUUGUCAUGCCUCAUCUACAGAAAUGCUUCGUACACACUAUGUCAUUUUAACCACAUGAUAGCCAGCGUGGCCCCCAGUUUAAAAAGUAGGUUUGGGGAGGAAAAGUGGAGCAGUAGGGGGGACAUUCUCCCCAGUGCCUCAGUUUCCCCUGAUGAUGGAGAUAAUGAUACCAACCUUUGUAGAGCACUCCGAGUUUCCUUGGAAUGAAGUGCUCUAUGAUUAUGUUAGCGUAGCACCUAAGUCUAAAAAAAUUCCUGGGACAAGGAGCGAGGGAACAUUUUAUCUGUUACCUGAAAUAACAGCUUUUGGGAUUACUGCCACCCUUUUAAUUUCAUAACAUGCUGAUGUGAAGAGAGAGAGAGAGACAGCUGCAUGCUUUAGCAAAUGUCACUGAAAUUAUUUUUUGUCACCAUUACAUUCUCACUGAAACACUGAAGUAUGAACCUGGGCACUGCUUCCUAGGCAAACAGCUAGUUGGCCCACAGUCUGCAAAGGGCAAAGUUUAUUUUGGAAACAAAAUGGUUUGGAUUUCAAAAACCUGCAUUUAAUCACACAUUCUCCACCACAGACAAAAUAUAUUAUCCAUUGAACUGUGAAAGACUCUAGAAUAGCAGCCAGGAAUUUUACAUACAAGAAUUGGGGAUAUAUUGGUGGCGGUUUUCUGAUAGUGUCACUUAAACUGUCACGUUUUAACAAACAGAACACCCUGCCUCUAUAAAAUGAUCCUUAAACUGUAUUUAUACAAGUAUUUAUUUUAUAAGGCUUAGACAUUUAAAGACUUCUAAAGAAGAGUCCUGUAAAGGUAAAAGUAUGUGUAAGAAAUGUUGAGGUCCUGUGCAACACUGCUAAGUUGUUCUUUAUUUUUUACUUUGUGCUGCAUAACAAAAGCCACUAGACUGUUACUGUCUUGUCUGUAACUGUGUUAACAGCAUUCCUUAAUGAUGUAUAUAUGGAGUGGUCUUCAAGCAUGGUGAGCGAUUUUAAAGAGAAAGUCAAUCAUGAUGGUACUUCUAAAGAGCAAAAAAAAUCUGAAUAAUGGAGGACAAGUGUAUUCCUAAAUUACCUACUGCCCAUGUUUUGCACUUUAGGCUCUACAAAAAAAAAAAAAAAAAAGAAAGAAGUAAUAUUUAUAUCUUUAGGGCACACACAAUAUUUAAAGAGGUCCAAACCCGUUUUCCUAUUGUGGAAGAGCAAUUGACCCUGAACUUAAUUAGAGAUAUGAAAAAUAGCAUGUAGCUAUUUCACUAGUUGACUGUACCCCAAAAAUGGAAGGCCAUUUCAGAAAAUUAGGCUCCCUAGUUUACCAACUUGUUUUAAUGUUCUUUUGAAAUAUUUGUUUGGUGUUCUUAAGUGAUUUUUUUCCUGUUACUCAUCUUUUGCAACUUCAGUUUUGGUUUUGAAUUAAUAGUUGUUGGUUUAGUAACUAAUUGUUAUCCAUUCAUCUGCAUAUAAAAAUAGUGUUGCCAUGAUACCUAACAUAGUAAUUUUAUUUUGUAUUAAUUUAGAGUUGAGUAUUUUCAUCCUUAUGUCCUGUGUCAGCUUUCAUCUGCCAGCAGUCUUCACAACCUGCAAAGAAAGCUCCAUAUAUUGUGAUAACACUCUGUAAUAAUUUGUAAAAGAAUCAUAUAUGUGAUGCCCUUACAAUUUCAGCCAACAUACUGGGGCUUUUUCUAAUGAAAUUAUUCCUUAGCUACCAAGAAGCUUUCUUUAAAUGGCAUUGUGCAGCCAUAGUACCAAAUUCUGCUCCCAGUGUCAGCAGUAUAAGUCUAAAAUAACUCCUGAAUUCUGUGAAAUACUUCAGAUUUAACAAAACAGAUGAGAAUCAGAUUAUAGUCUGGAAUUAAACUUUUUCCCUUAAAUUUUAUUUUCUUGUUUUGGUUAACACCAUUGACAUAAGGGACAAGUUAUAAAUUAACACAACUGUAUUCUCCCAGUGAAAGCAACUGGCAUCCCAAAACCAGAAGUAAGUUCAGGACAGGAUAUGUCCCUUUAAGAGGGGACGGAGAAACACUCUGAAAUGAUCCUUGACUUCUGUAUUAGUUGUAACAAUGGCAUUGAACAAGACAAAAAAUGUUCUCCUAAUUAAAUUUCACCCUGAACCAGUAAAGUAUUUGUAGGCAGACUUCACCUUCCUGUAGCUCUGUAACGUGCUACUUUUAUAGCCUAGGAAAUAAAGCACUGGCACGAGGCUCUGUUUUAUCUGUGUUCUGUUAAGGGCUUAUCACAUUAACUGGCUCUGGUUUUGAGGUUGACUUUCUCUUUUGGAAUGGCUGCAUACAAAUUAGUGUCACUUUUGAAGACUAAGGAUACUAAAUGAGUGUAUCUUUGCUAUACAACAAAUAUGAACUAUAAUAUUCAGUGCUGGCUUCUGAUGUGUCAGUAAGUACAGAAGUAUCUUGGACACAAUGACCUUUGCAACCUUUCAAGCUGUGUAAUAUUCAAAUGGUUUUGUAUAUACUUAAAUCAUGUAGAAUGAUGUAAAACCAGUAUGACCUUGUCUAGUCUUCAAACUUAACAAUAAAACUUUUGAAAAAU